AUGCAAAAUCGAGACAACGAUCCUGAUCCAAGUGGGUCAUAUGUUAGUCGUCAAUACGAGCAUCCUCAAACAUCUCGACAGGGGGACAAUACAUCUUCUCGUGACUGGAAUACCAGAACAUAUGUAUAUGAGGGCAACGAUCCCAAUGCUUCUCAGCAAGAAACUGAUAGGACCAGCGUUGCUUCUUCCGGCAAUGAAAGAUACACUGAUAGCGAUCAAGGAAACCAUGACUCCACAGCUGUAGACUAUGACAAUGCAUCCGGCGCCGUCGCUCCAAAUGCACAGAAUCACCCUCCUCAUCCUUCUGAUGAAAAUGCUGCUGAACAACGACCUGCUGAUACACAACCUACACAGCGACAGCAGCAACCUACUCAACAAGAACAUCAACCCCCCUCUUCUCCUCCAGCUUCUGCUCAUAAUGAAAAGGCUGCUGAAGCAGCUAAUCAACAGCAAGAACAACAACAAGAAGGUAAUGAGGACGAAGACGAAGACAACGAGGACAUUGAUGCAUUAAUAGAAGAUUUAUACUCCCAGGAUAAUCAAGAAGAACAAGAAGAAGAAGAAGAUCAUCACGAACCCGGUGGUGUCAAAACCGUUCCAGAAGAACUUCUCCAAACUGAUCCCAAGCAGGGUCUUUCCACCUCUGAAGUUGAACAGAGACAAAGGAAAUAUGGUCUAAACCAAAUGAAGGAGGAAAAACAAAAUAAUUUCAAGAAGUUCCUUUCUUUCUUUAUAGGUCCUAUCCAAUUCGUCAUGGAAGCUGCAGCCGCUCUUGCUGCUGGUCUUCGUGACUGGGUAGACUUUGGUGUCAUUUGUGCUCUUCUAAUGCUAAAUGCAACCGUUGGUUUCGUUCAAGAAUAUCAAGCCGGUUCGAUUGUGGACGAGUUGAAGAAAACCAUGGCUUUAAAAUCCACCGUUGUGCGUGAUGGACAUACCGUUGAAUUGGAAGCCCAAGAUAUUGUUCCAGGUGAUAUUCUACAUCUUGAUGAAGGUACCAUCUGUCCAGCAGACGGUCGUUUAAUUACUGAAAAUUGCUACCUUCAAGUAGAUCAAUCUGCAAUUACUGGUGAGUCCCUUGCUGUCGAUAAGCAUCACAAUGAUACCAUGUACUCUUCAUCUUCAGUAAAAAGAGGUGAGGCAUUCAUGGUUGUUACAGCUACUGCUGAUUCGACUUUCGUCGGCAGAGCUGCAUCUUUAGUCGGCGCAGCUGGUCAAGCUCAGGGUCAUUUUACGGAAGUUCUUAACGGAAUUGGUACUGUUCUUCUUGUUCUAGUCAUCAUGACCCUCCUCUGUAUUUAUACUGCGUCAUUUUAUCGUACUGUUCGCCUCGCAAGACUCUUAGAAUAUACUUUGGCAAUUACUAUCAUUGGUGUACCAGUUGGUCUUCCCGCAGUCGUUACGACAACAAUGGCUGUCGGUGCUGCCUAUCUUGCCAAGAAAAGAGCUAUCGUUCAAAAACUUUCGGCCAUUGAAUCUCUUGCAGGCGUGGAAAUCCUAUGUUCUGAUAAAACUGGUACUUUAACUAAAAACAGACUUUCCUUGGGUGAGCCUUACUGUGUUGAAGGUGUCAACGCCGAUGAUCUUAUGAUUACGGCUUGUCUUGCAUCUUCUCGAAAGAAAAAAGGUCUGGAUGCCAUCGACAAAGCAUUCUUGAAAGCUCUAAAAAACUACCCUCAAGCCAAACAAAGAUUAUCUAAAUACAAAAUUUUACAAUUUCAUCCUUUUGAUCCUGUUUCCAAAAAAGUUACGGCUAUCGUUGAAACUCCAGAAGGUGAGCGAGUGACAUGUGUGAAAGGUGCUCCAUUAUGGGUAUUUAAGACUGUUCAAGAUGAUCAUGAAGUUUCUCAAGAAGUCAGUGAUGCCUACAGAGAACAGGUCAACGAUAUGGCAUCUAGAGGUUUCCGUUCACUCGGUGUUGCUCGUAAAGUAGAAGGAAAACAAUGGGAUAUUCUCGGUAUUAUGCCUUGCUCGGAUCCACCUCGUGAUGACACUGGUCGUACAAUUCACGAAGCUAUCCGUCUGGGUUUGAGAAUUAAGAUGCUUACAGGUGAUGCCGUUGGUAUUGCUAAAGAAACAGCUCGCCAACUAGGCAUGGGUACUAAUGUUUAUAAUGCCGAACGCCUUGGUUUAGGUGGCGGUGGUGAUAUGCCAGGUUCAGAAGUUUACGACUUUGUUGAAGCUGCCGACGGUUUCGCUGAAGUCUUCCCUCAACAUAAAUAUUCAGUCGUCGAAAUUCUCCAACAAAGAGGUUAUUUAGUGGCCAUGACUGGUGAUGGUGUCAACGAUGCUCCUUCUUUGAAAAAGGCUGACACUGGUAUUGCUGUCGAAGGUGCUUCUGACGCUGCUCGUUCAGCUGCUGAUAUUGUUUUCUUGGCCCCUGGUCUUUCAGCUAUUAUUGAUGCUUUAAAGACAUCUCGUCAAAUUUUCCAUCGUAUGUAUGCAUAUAUCAUUUACCGUAUUGCAUUGUCCCUCCAUUUAGAAAUCUUUUACGGAUUAUGGAUUAUCAUCUUAAACCGUUUAAUGAAUCUAGAGCUAAUUGUCUUCAUUGCAAUCUUCGCCGACGUUGCAACGCUAGCAAUUGCCUACGACAAUGCUCCGUUUGCACCGAAACCAGUUAAAUGGAAUCUUCCUCGUCUGUGGGGCCUCUCUACGGUAGUUGGUGUCCUUUUAGCUAUUGGUACUUGGAUUGUAUAUACCACGAUGGUUGCUGCAGGACAAAACCGGGGUAUUGUACAAAACUUUGGUGUCACUGAUGAGGUACUCUUCCUUCAAAUUUCACUUACUGAAAACUGGCUAAUUUUUAUCACUCGUUGUAAUGGACCUUUCUGGUCUUCUAUCCCUUCUUGGCAAUUGACUGGAGCUGUAUUAGUCGUUGAUAUUUUAGCUACCAUCUUUUGUCUUUUCGGAUGGUUCAAAGGUGGCCAUCAAACGUCUAUUGUAGCCGUCCUCCGUGUAUGGAUGUAUUCCUUCGGUAUAUUCUGUUUUAUCGCAGGAGUUUACUUGAUCUUGUCUGAAUCGAGCAAAUUUGAUCGCUUUAUGCACGGUAAGGCUAAGCAAGGCUCUACUCGUACACUUGAGGAUUUCGUCCUACGGUUGCAACGUACUUCAACUCAUCACGAACAAGAAGGAAAGAAUGGUUAAUUGCCAGCUCCUUUAUUUUUGGUUUCUGUUUCCCUCAAUCCUUUUUGAUUUAUAUAUAUAGCUUGUAGAUAGCAUCACGAUAUAUGAGUAUAAUGUUCUAAAUAAUAAGAUUCUAUUCAAAUUUUCGC